GUUCACGAAAUUGUUCGAAGCAGAAGUGACGCAGGGGGGCCUUCAUGGCGGAAAAUGAGAAGGGAAAGAAAAUAUCGUCGUUUGCUGAGAUUGAACUACCAGAGGAGAUAGCAGAUAGCUGAUAAUGUCCAGAACUGUGGUUAUAAAAGUCCAACAACAAUUCAGCAGUAUGCAAUCCCAGCGAUUUUCAAAGGGAUUCGAUGGCUUGUGCACAAACGGGAUCUGGUAAGACAGCUCCUUCCAUUCAUGACAACACUCAUUCGCACCAACAAUCUCUGUGAAAUGGCUGAACGCACAUGCCCUAGGUGAUCAUAAUUAUCGCUCCAACGCGUGAGUUAGCGGUACAGAUAUACAAUGAAGGACGAAAAUUCGCAAACCCUGCUUUGAACGUUGCAUGCAUUUGAGGUGCUGCAGUAUGAUACAAAGACAGCAGCUCCGCCGGGGUGCAAGGCUUAUUGUUGUUACUGUAGGACGCCUAAAUCAUUUUAUCGACGAAGGAUACAUCUCCCUGCGUGAAGUCAAAUACUUGUUUCUUGACGAAGCCGGCAGAAUGCUUGAUAUGGGUUUUGAAGAUUCCAUCAAUUUUAUCUUCAGUCAUCCAUCACUGACUGCAAAAGAAGAAAGACACUCUAAUGUUUAG